UCCAGAAAAUCUGAAUCAGUACUGGCUAAGUCUCCUAGCAACUGGAUGCAGGGAGCAUGGCACUCUUAACACCCCAGGGAGUAAAAAAAGUCUUCCAAUUUCAGAAACCAGAAGGUAGGGAGCACCUACGGAGACUGUUGAACUGGGAAGAGUUUGAUGAAGUGAGAGACUCCCACAGAAGCAUUCUGCUGGAUACCCUCUAUGAAAGCAUCAUCUUUGCCGUGGGCAAAGGUUUUCCAUGGGUGGAAGUGGCCAAGGUGGUCAAGUUCACGGAAGAGCUGCUCAAGGAAACCAAAGGCUGCUCCAUCACUGAGGCGGUGACGAUCCUAGGGAACAAACUCAGAGAUUACCAGGGGCAGUUCAAUACCACCCACCUGCUGGCCCUCUGUGACUACUUCCACAACACCUUCAUCCGCCACUACAAACUCUACCAGUAUGUCCUGGGCCAGGAGCAGGAAGUCAACCUGACUGUCAACCACCUGGAAGUAUGUGCACCGCCCCAGCCCCUCCCGCUGGCCAAGGGCAUGGACAAGGACAUCUGGCAGCUUGAGCAGCAGAUGGCGGAGCUCCGUAUGGCUGAGGUGCAGAAACGCACCAAUGUACUGCUCCUGAAGGAGGCGCUGCACCUGGAGCAGGAGCAUAAGCUACAGAAAACGUUCUCUGAGGUGUCUGAGCAGCCCAGCCGGGUUCUAAAGAGGGAGGAGUUAGAAAAGCUCAUUGAUGAGGUCAUUCACAUUCAGACUGAAUGCCUGAAGGAGCUGCUGCAAUAUGAGAUACAGAUAACUUUUGAUAUUUUGGACCUGAAACUUCAGAAGACUUUGAACCUCAAUGCUCCUAUCCCUUCCCCCCUCUCUAUCACUGGCCAGCCAGGCCAAGAUGAAUCUCUUAAGUUCUACAAAACAAACAAAGGAAAGAAAGCAAAAGCAAAGAAGUAGAGAGCUCCUGGUGUCCACUGACUAAAGACUAUGACUGAGGAAAAGCCAUUGACAAUUAUGAAAGUAUUAUGUGAUGUGCUCAGCACCCAGUAGAUCAGAGCUUUCUAGUGAUUAAAAUAAAUAAAAUGGCAGUCAUCA